AUGCAGGGUCGCAGACAGACUAGGUCUACAGCUGGCAGACACUCGGCAGAUUCCUCUCAGCCUCCAACCGUCUCCUCCGAAGACGCUCCCUCGACGUCCGCGGCAUCUCCCGGCCAACCGUCGUCGCAGGCCAGUCCUAGAGCACGCCGGCACUCGAAACGCAAGUCGGUCUCUAUCUCCCAGGACAUAGACGUCAUCCCCCAACCACCUGUUGAAGAAUCCACCCCCAAAAAACGUUCACGAACCAGGGGACUGCCAGAUCAGCCAUCUCCAGCCGAAUCAUCUACAUCUACACCUUCGAAACCACUCACGCGUUCCGCUAGGAAGCGAUCUCGCCUGUCUGACGACUUCGAGAUGGAUGCUAGCAGUAAAGGCGAGGUACCAAGCACAUCUUCACCAGUAGAAACCCCUGAGACACCCACGACUCGAAAAUCAACCCGUUCUAAGAAGCAGGCGACCGGGACUCCCUCGAGUGCUGGACGUUCCCAGAGCUCCAAGCGUCAAGCGAACGAGAAGAAAGUCGAACCGCAGGUCCCCACCACCCCCACACCGACUACAAGAAAAUCGAAAAGGAAAGAAAAUAAUGAGAGUAAAACUGCUGUUGCCGCUGCUGAAGUAAAGACGGCCGAUACCAAGGACGAUAAGGACGAUCAUCCGGAAGAGGAUGAGGACGAAGACAUGGGCGACGAACUACCACCUGCAGAUCCACCUGCAGAAGAGGAAGAAGAGGAGGGAAGAAACAACGAAGAUUAUGACCGAGAAAUAGAUGAAGACGACAUGUACGAAGGGUUCUCCCAUAGGUCUCUGUCUCAAUCAAUGAGGGCUCUGAGCGGCAUGUUAUCCGGGAUUCCUUCUCGCCUUCGGGACAUCCUGAGCAACCUUAAGAACAAAGAGGACAUAACGGUUCAGAUGCUCGCCCUUCAAGAACUUUCGGAGAUCCUGUUGAUGGCGAACGAGGAUAGCUUAUCUGGAAACAUCCCCACAGAUCAAUUUGUUAAGGAGCUUGUGUCCAUCAUGAGCGAGCCAGACAUGUUCGGUGUCGAGAACCCAGAGUUGAUGCUCUUGGCUUGUCGCUGCCUUGCUAAUCUUAUGGAAGCCCUGCCCUCUGCGACGUCUAAUGUCGUUUACGGAGGAGCUGUACCCGUCCUGUGCCAAAAACUUCUUGAGAUCCAAUAUAUCGACCUUGCUGAGCAAGCCCUAAGUACUUUGGAAAAGAUAUCUCAUGAGUACCCAACGUCUAUCAUACGUGAAGGCGGCUUAGUCGCGUGUUUAAACUUCCUGGACUUCUUUUCCACCAACGUUCAGAGAACCGCUGUAACCACUGCAGCCAACUGCUGCCGAAACAUCCCCGAAGAUUCCUUCCCUACGGUGCGAGAUGUAAUGUCUAUUCUGCUCGGUGUUCUCAAUAGUAGCGACCAAAAAGUCGUGGAGCAAGGAUGCUUGUGUAUCUCUAGGAUUGUGGAAAGCUUCAAACAUUUGCCAGAGAAGUUAGAGGAACUUGUGUCCCAGGACAUCCUUCGGGCUAUCCUCCAGUUGCUUCUACCUGGGACUACGAAUUUGGUCGGGGCACAUAUCCAUACCCAGUUCCUACGUGUUCUCAGCAUUCUCGCUAGAACGAGUCCUGGCUUGUCAGUGGCUAUGUUUAAUAUGAAUGUUACGGAGACUCUCUACCAGAUUAUGACUGGUGUCUCCCCGCCUGCCGCAACCGUCGAUUUCGCUCUCAAAGUUGACCGAGUAAUGACCAUGCAGGCCCUUAUUCAUCGACCGAAGGAGCAAGUAACUGAAACCCUCAAUGUUGUUAGCGAGUUGCUCCCGCGUCUUCCGCAGGAUGAAAUCUUCAACGUUCCCGGUGUCCCCGAAUAUCAAAACCAGCGAACUACACCAGACGAUCCUCAAAUUAAUGAAAAGCGAAUUGACCUUCUCAAAUCAUGCCAGGAAGAGUUACGAUGCUUCGCUAUUGUGCUCCUUCCGACCCUUACCGACACAUACCUCAGUACUGUUAACUUACAAGUUCGACAGAAGGUUCUUAGCUGUCAACUGAAGAUGAUAGUCAAUCUGGAGGUAGAGUUGCUCAAGGAUGCGCUUUCGAACGUCCAAUAUGCAUCGUUUCUGGCUUCAAUACUUUCUCAAAAGGACCAUCCAUCAGUCGUCGCCGGUGCCCUUCAGAUCUCGGAACUCCUUCUUCGUCGUUUACCAGGCGUCUAUCGAUACCAUUUCCAUCGCGAGGGUGUUGUCUCGGAAAUUCGAAAGUUGGCAGAGCAGAUUUUCGAGGUUCCAGAAGAUAGCGAUGAAGAAGAGGAGGAAGAAGACGAGGAUGCGAUGAGGGACGAUAAGGAUUCUUCUGAACCUGCUCCGGAGCAGACGAUGAAGGAUGUUGAUACUAGUACGGAUAACUCGAAUAAAAGUGAAGACGACGACGACGACAAUGAAAACGAAGAGCAUCGUGAGGAUGAAGAAUCCUCUGAAGCAUCUGAAUCGCCCUCUCUUCACCGCACUGCAGCUCCCCCUACCUUGACCAUCGAGCAAUGGAUAAUCGUUAGAGCUCGAAGCUUUAUCGAGGAACACGACAAGGAUAUCGAUAGCGACGCUAAGAAAGAGGCCGAGAAGGUCUUGAAGACUAUUCGUGACCUAGUUGGAGCUCUCGAGGGGUCAAACAAGCCAAAGGAGGUUCUCAAGGAACUUGCAGGGUACUUCCAGAAUACGAACUCGCUUACAUCGAUUUCUAGCUUUGAGCUAUCACAUUCGAUGUUGGUAGAAGGUUUGUUGAAAGUGUUGACGGGUGAGCCUGCGGGGCGCAAGAGCGUGCUCCGCCGCGAAUUCCUUGAGGUUUUUAUGGGUCAGACCGAUCCUAAGGAUGGAAAUUCCCCCUUCUCUGUUCUCGUUGCGAAGCUCCAGGAACUUCUCAGCCGAAGCGAACAUUUCGAGGUCAACACCGUUCAUCACAAUGCAUAUGACGGGAACCGUAGUCCAGCGUCGAUGCUUGCUAAACAACUUCGUUUGAAGCUCGUCGCGGACGAGAAUUCAGAUAUACCAAAAGCAUACCGGAGCAUUAUGGUUUCUAUUCAUGCCAUCGCUACAUUCAAGGCACUCGAUGACUAUCUUCGUCCUAGAAUCGCCCUUUCAGAACAGCCUAGGAUAUCGAGAGCUGAGCGCGGUGGCCAUCUUGCAAACGCUUUGGCUGCCUUCGCUGCUGCCGCCGCCGCCGGUUCUGCUGCUGGCCCAAGCAAUCCUGAUGGACCAUCCAGCUCGACCCGAACUAAAAAGUCAAGUCGAUCCACCCGAACAAAGAAGAGUGAGGAAACCCCACAGGCCGAUAGUCCCGAAGAAACGCCUAAGACACCCACAAAGAAGGACAAAAUCUCAAAGGCUGCCCGAGAAGCACUAGCAGCUGAGGAACAACUAGAAUGCAUGGACGAGCGCCAGAUGAGUGAGCAAGAGGAUAUGGAUGAUAUGAACGCUUUGUUGGAAGACCUUGACGAGGAAAUGGCGGAUUCACCGGGUUCAGAACCUGGCGCUGUUAACAUGGAGCUUGCUGGCGGCAAGGUGACAGCACGCAAGGAGGAUGGUACUAAGAUUGCCACCCCUGUGGGCACUCCUAGCCGCGAUAGAGGCUCUGGUACUCCUGUCGGAGGUCUUCCUUCACAUCCAGCUCUCUCUAAUUCCCGACCGAUCUCAUACGCUGCCGCUGCCGGAACUCCAACGGACUGGCAUAUUGAAUUCAGUAUCGGCGAUCGUGUCCUUUCUAAUGAUACGACUAUAUACGGGGCUGUCCAUCAGUCCAACAGACCUGACGAAGGCGAGAGCCACCGCUCUGUUUGGUCGUCUACAUACACUAUCAAAUUCCGCCGCGCAAGUGGCUCAGCGCCAGCUGAAUCCUCACUCUCGCCGGUGGCCGAGUCCUCCCAGGCUGCGUCUGGGGCCCCCCUCUCCGUGGAGAAGAAUAAAACCACUGCCUCAAUUCUUCACCUCCUCAGCAUCCUUCAUUCGCUCAAUUCCAACAUUGACGAUGUCUUUUCCGGAGAGCAUGAGAGCUCCAGACCUCGCCACCCUCCUGCACUAAGUCAAUUUGUCAAUACCAAACUAACAGCCAAAUUGAAUCGCCAGUUGGAAGAACCUCUAAUUGUGGCUAGCUCCUGCCUUCCAUCUUGGAGUGAGGACCUUGCUCGUUACUAUCCGUUCCUCUUUCCAUUUGAGACGAGGUUCUUGUUUUUACAGUCGACUUCGUUUGGGUAUUCCAGAUCUAUGAAUAGAUGGCAAAGCGCGACUGCAAAUGAAGGAGGCCGUGACCGACGAGAUGAUAAUCGACCAUUCCUCGGCCGUCUUCAACGACAGAAAGUCAGAAUUUCCAGAAACAGGAUAUUCGAUUCUGCAGUUAAGGUUAUGGAACUCUAUGGUGCUUCACCUAGCGUUCUUGAAGUUGAGUAUUUCGAGGAAGUCGGUACCGGACUUGGGCCUACCCUCGAGUUUUACUCGAGCGUUUCUCGCGAAUUUGCCAGGAAGACCCAGAACAUGUGGCGUGAGGGAGACUCUUUCGCCGACACUGACAAGGAGUAUACAUUCGGAGCUCAAGGCUUGUUCCCAGCUCCAAUGGACGCUAAAUAUGCAGAAACGGAGGCUGGCAAGAGGAUCCUCCAAAGGUUUAAGAUACUCGGCAAGUUUGUCGCCCGCGCCAUGCUCGACUCCCGUCUCAUUGAUAUUUCUUUCAACGCCAACUUUUUCCGAGGUGGCGAUGAUGCCGAGGCCGUGGCUCCCUCAUAUGGAGCCGUGAAGACGGUCGACAAAGGACUCGCACAAUCCUUGAACUUAUUGAGAAAGUUUGCCGUUGCUAAGAGUGUCGUUGAUGAGAUGAAGGGGCUUCCAGCAGCGGAAAGAAAUAUAUACUUGUCCGAGAUCCGUGUUGAGGGUGUCACUGUUGAUGACUUGGCCCUGGACUUUACUCUUCCUGGAUAUCCACAUAUCGAACUUGUCAAGGGUGGAGCAGACAAGCAGGUCACAAUCAACAAUGUUGGUGAUUACGUCGACAAAGUAAUUGAUUUGACUUUGGGGAGUGGGGUCCGACGACAGGUCGAUGCGUUUAGAUCGGGGUUCUCGCAAGUCUUCCCAUAUGCAGCCUUGAAGGCCUUUACCCCGGAUGAGUUGGUCAUGAUGUUCGGUCGAGUAGAUGAGGAUUGGUCCCUAGAGACAUUGAUGGAUUCGAUCAAAGCGGAUCACGGAUUUAAUAUGGAUAGCAAGUCUGUUCGCAACCUCUUGCAAGUCAUGAGUUCAUUCACCUUGCAGCAACGAAGAGAGUUCCUACAAUUUGUCACUGGUAGCCCUAAGCUCCCAAUUGGAGGCUUCAAAAACCUUACUCCUAUGUUCACGGUUGUCUGCAAACCUAGCGAGUCCCCAUUGGUGUCAGAUGAUUAUCUACCCAGUGUCAUGACCUGCGUCAACUAUCUCAAACUUCCUGACUACACCUGCAUUGAAGUUCUCAGGCAACGUCUCCACACCGCUGUCCACGAAGGAUCCGGUGCUUUCCACCUUUCUUAA